AUGGUUUCUGUUAUGAAAGUUGAAAAGGCUCCUUUGGAGUCUUAUGUUGAUAUUGGUGGCUUAGAUGCUCAAAUCCAAGAAAUUAAAGAAGUUGUUGAACUUCCACUUACUCAUCCUGAGUUAUAUGAGGAUAUUGGAAUUAGGCCUCCCAAGGGAGUAAUAUUAUACGGAAUAGUAUGUGUUGGAGGAGAUGACAUUGUGAAUGAGGUACUUAAUGGUCUUCUGAGCAGAGAUAACCAGAAGGAAGCACUUUCUAUUACAAUUGGCAUCAUUCCUGCUGGUUUAGACAAUUCACUAGCCUGGACUAUUUUGGGGGUCAGGGAUCCUAUUUCUGCUGCAAUGUUAAGUGGACCAAAUGAUACUUUUGUUUGA